AUGUCUGCAUCGUCUUCUUAUAGGCGGUCAAACCGUGGUAGACGAGGCAGAUCUCGUUCUUCUGCUAUAAAUCCUAUGUUUUCAGCUGGUCAAUGCACAGAAAUUGGCUUCCCACUUGAUACCUUGCCUACUUCUGAUACAACACCUUCUUCUUUUAGUCGAUACACAUCCUUCUGUGAUUAUUCGAUCUCUGACGACACAUUAUUCAGUCAAAACCAGAAUGCAUCCUCUAUAUAUCAAAGCGCCGACUUUGACCUUCCUAUUGAUGUGUUAGGCCAUAGGCGGUCAAACCGUGGUAGACGAGGCAGAUCUCGUUCUUCUGCUAUAAAUCCUAUGUUUUCAGCUGGUCAAUGCACAGAAAUUGGCUUCCCACUUGAUACCUUGCCUACUUCUGAUACAACACCUUCUUCUUUUAGUCGAUACACAUCCUUCUGUGAUUAUUCGAUCUCUGACGACACAUUAUUCAGUCAAAACCAGAAUGCAUCCUCUAUAUAUCAAAGCGCCGACUUUGACCUUCCUAUUGAUGUGUUAGGCCAUAGGUUUGAAACAAGUCAUCGUCAUACCACUCGGCUUGAUGCAAUUGCAUUUGAUUUUGGAUGCAUACCUUCCCCCGGUGCAUCACCAUCUUGCAUUAAUGACGUGCUUCUUGUUAAACGUCAUUUAUAUUCUGACUUACCUCAUCAGAAUUUUAGAAAUGUUGACUCUAAAAGAUUGGUUGUUGGUGGUUCUUAA